AAUUUUCGUGCUUAAAUCUUCGUCUCUUCGCUGUUCUUCAAAUCUCUUCGAUCAAAAAGGCUUCUUCGCUAAGUUUCAGCAAACAAUCUCUAUCGAACCAUGGGUAAGGAAAAGGUUCACAUCAACAUUGUGGUCAUUGGUCAUGUCGACUCUGGAAAGUCAACAACCACAGGUCACUUGAUCUACAAGCUUGGUGGUAUUGAUAAGCGUGUGAUCGAGAGGUUUGAAAAGGAAGCUGCUGAGAUGAACAAGCGUUCAUUCAAGUACGCCUGGGUGUUGGACAAGCUGAAGGCCGAGCGUGAACGUGGUAUCACCAUUGACAUUGCUCUCUGGAAAUUCGAAACUAACAAAUACUACUGCACUGUUAUCGAUGCUCCGGGACAUCGUGAUUUCAUCAAGAAUAUGAUCACCGGUACCUCCCAGGCUGACUGUGCUGUUCUCAUUAUCGACUCCACGACUGGUGGAUUCGAAGCUGGUAUUUCAAAAGACGGACAAACCCGUGAACAUGCUUUGCUUGCUUUCACCCUUGGCGUCAAGCAAAUGAUCUGUUGUUGCAAUAAGAUGGAUGCUACCACGCCCAAAUACUCCAAAGCUCGGUAUGAUGAAAUCGUGAAGGAAGUGUCGUCCUACCUCAAGAAAGUCGGUUACAACCCGGACAAAAUCCCUUUUGUCCCGAUCUCGGGUUUUGAGGGAGAUAACAUGAUCGAGAGGUCAACAAACCUCGACUGGUACAAGGGUCCUACUCUUCUUGAAGCUCUUGACCAAAUCAACGAGCCCAAGCGACCAUCGGACAAACCACUCCGUCUCCCACUUCAGGAUGUCUACAAGAUCGGUGGCAUUGGAACCGUGCCCGUUGGCCGUGUUGAAACAGGUGUGAUCAAGCCCGCUAUGGUCGUCACCUUUGGCCCAACCGGUCUAACCACUGAAGUCAAGUCCGUUGAGAUGCACCACGAGGCACUUCUCGAGGCAUUGCCGGGAGACAACGUUGGGUUCAACGUUAAGAAUGUUGCGGUCAAGGAUCUUAAGCGUGGGUUCGUUGCUUCCAACUCCAAAGAUGAUCCGGCCAAGGGUGCAUCGAACUUCACUUCUCAGGUGAUUAUCAUGAACCAUCCUGGCCAAAUUGGUAACGGCUAUGCACCCGUGCUCGAUUGCCACACCUCCCACAUUGCUGUUAAGUUUGCGGAGCUUUUGACAAAGAUUGACCGGAGGUCCGGUAAGGAGCUCGAGAAAGAGCCCAAGUUUCUUAAAAACGGUGAUGCUGGAAUGGUGAAGAUGAUUCCAACCAAGCCGAUGGUGGUCGAGACGUUCUCCGAGUAUCCUCCGUUGGGACGUUUUGCGGUUCGUGAUAUGCGCCAGACGGUUGCGGUUGGUGUGAUAAAGAGCGUUGACAAGAAAGACCCGACCGGUGCUAAGGUCACGAAAGCUGCUCAAAAGAAGAAAUGAAUUAUAUCGGUAUGCGCUAUGAACCUAAAACAACGGACAAACUCUAUUACUUUGACGUUUAGUUUUCGUCUGUUUUUCUGUGUCGGUUUUUGUUGCUUUUCUCGCUUUCGGCUAGCCGUGGCUUUCGGAAUGGUGGUCUUAUUACGUCUUCGGGUUUGUACCUGGGUGCUCGAUAGGCGGUGGCAAGCUUCGUUGCUUUCGUGUUAUGGGAAUGUUUGAUUUUCGAUUGAAAUAUCAUCGGUUAAAUUAAGUCGUUAUUACAACGUUUUGUGUUCUCGUG